AAAGUGCCAGUGUACAGAUUUGACGUUGCCCCAUGGAUGGACUGGAAGUGCUGGGAAUCGAAACUUAACCGGAGAUUUAGCGGGUUUCCUUCCUCGUCGCUCGCUGUCACCGCCAGCACGGCCUCUCGGCUGCUAAAAGUUAUUUCCCCCCCGUGUUUUGCCACCUCGGACUCAGGAUGAUACGCUAAUAAAAUUUUGUUUCGGUUCAAUGAACUUCCUGGCUUCAUCAGUGCACAAGCAUGGACUCUACCAGGCAGAAACGCAAGGAGGAGAUAAGCAAAGCUCUGACAUUUAUACAGUCUUCCUUGGCUUAUCCAGAACCUGAGGGCUACCAGGACUUCCUGACCCAGUUAGUGUGCAACCUGCUCGAUGAGGGCAAUGUCUUGUUCAGAGAAAGAGAGUGGGAGCAGGCUGUGAGAGAGUUCACUGAAGGCCUGAACGUCUCAUCCUAUGCUGCAGGAGACGAUAUCCAGAUCCCCCAAGUUUUACUUGAGAGCCUGUAUGUCAACCGGGCUGCUGCCUACCACAGUAUGGGGGAAUAUGAUCGAGGCGUGAAGGACUGUGACCGAGCUCUUGAAUUGUCUAAGGAAAGCCGCAAGGCUCUGUACAGGAAGGCACUUUGUCUGAAAGAGCUUGGGAAGCACAAGGAGGCCUACAACUGCACCACGGACUGUCUGCUUAUCAGUCGCCUGGAUAAAGAGGUGAAUGAACUGGCACGGGAGCUGGCCGUUCAUUUGGGACUAAAAAAUCGAAAACCCUAUGUCAGCGCAAAGGAAGAUGCACUUAUAACCAGAGCUGUCACAAAUGGAAACAUGGCUGCUGAAGCCAUGAAGGUGUCUGGUGCUAAUUUAGGAAAUGGUAUGAAUCCUCUGAGUGGCCUUGGACCAGUCAGCUUUCCCAGCAUGCCUCAGUCUACCAUUCCCUCCAUACCUCCCAGCAGCUGCCAACCUGCCAUCUCCCUAGUGCCUGACAAGGUGGACACUUUGGAGGACUCGGAGGUGAUGGGAGAAGACUUAGACAGCCUGCUUGACUGCGUCCCUACUGAACAAGAGCCAACCGAGAACCACAUCCAGGCAGCCUACUCAGGUCCCCACACAACAUCCACUUGUGCACAAAUAGUUCCUUCGGUCCUGCCUGCCCCAACACCCCAGCUACCCCCAGCCUUCUUCAACUCAGCUCUCAGCCAACUCAACUCCCUGGAUUCCUUCUCAGGUGGUGGGCACAGCACUGCGAGUGCAGCACUGGAUACCCUGGACGACCUCUUGACCUCGCCAGGUCUGGACGCCUUAGACAACUUCUCUGGAAUUGGAAGUGGAUCAGAUGCUCUAAAUUUAGGACAGACCUCUGUGGUGCUGGAUGCUCUGGAUGGCCUUGAUUCCCUGGAUGACUUCUUGGAUACAACGCCAAAUGCUGCUGCUACUGAGGAAGUUAAUGAAUCCAAAACAGAACUGGAUGUGGGGGAAAAGUCCCUUGAUGAUUUGUUAGAUGAACUAGAUCCCCUGGAGCCCGUCUCUGAUCCAGGUGGUCAGGGUGGUAAUGUCCCUGCCAUUGUUAUGAGAACUAUGGACCAGCUUGACUGCCUUGAUGUCCUGGACUCGUUUCCCUCGGUUGAAGGUGUUGGAGCAGCUAUGGCAGCAGUCUCCAUCAGGGGAACAGGCCUGGACUCGCUCUCAGAUUUCAGCUCAACUGGUACCCCAGGCUCUCGUGCUGCUGCAGCUCCAGUAAUGCGAUCUCCAAAGAAUAACUACAAAGAGAAGAAAAACCAAGAGCCUGCUGCAGUCUUUAACCCCCUGUCCUCCACCCACGAGUUCCUGCAGGCCUGCUCUGCUUGUUACCCUCGGCAAGGUCAAGGGAUAUAUACUUAUGUUCACAAGCCAGACCUGGUUCACAACUGUAAGCGAGACAUUCUGUUAUGUAGACGAAAGGUGGGUUAUCCUUCAGAGUGGACCAGAGUCAGACCGAUGCCUCCUUGCACGUCCUUCAAAGGGCCCUUUGUACUUUGCAAGGAGCUGCUGAAAUCUGGGGAUCUGGGCCUGUGUAAAUACGGAGAGAAAUGUACGUUUGCCUAUAGCCAGCUGGAGAUUGAUGUUUGGACGGAAGAGAGGAAGGGGACACUGGACAGAAGUCUGCUGUUUGAAACUACAGCUGAUAAACUGGAUCCUGUAAACAGCAUCAUACGCCUUCUGCAGGAACACAAAGGCACAUUCAUGUUCCUCUGCCAGGAGUGCUAUGACAAUAAACCUAGAAUCAUCAGUAAGCGCUCCAGAGACAAUCACACCAUCUGCUCUAACUUGGAUGCUCACCACACCUUCGAUGCCAAUAAGUGCUUGGCAUUUGUGGUGAGGACCCACAAUGUGAACUACAGAAAGGUCCGUCCACUGAGCAUCCUGUGCCAGUUGGAUUUGUGCCACAAAGCCAUCCGGUACGGCUGCCAGAGAGAGGACACCUGCCAUUAUGCCCACUCCAUCAUAGAGCUCAAAACCUGGAGGGUGCAGCAGGACACAGGUAUCAGCCCUGAUGAGAUUGUGAAAGUAGCUACAAAGUAUCAUGAGAAACAAGAGCAAAAUGCAAGCAAACAGAAAGGGAGUAGACAGUUGUCUUCUGGAGGUGGUGUUAACAAACCAAGAGGAGGAGUUGGAGGAGGAGCUGGGAAAAAUCUGGACAUGAAGAUGAAAUUUGCCUGCGCCCAGUGCUGGCGGGAUGGCCUGAUUAGUGAACCAGACAAAACCCUCAAGUACUGCAAUGCUAAGGCCAGGCACAUGUGGACUAAAGACAGGCGGAUACUGCUGGUCAGGUCCCCAGAGAGAAGUAAAUGGGUUCAGGUCCGACCACUGCCACAUGCCAAGAACUUCCCUGUGCAGUAUGAUAUAUGUACCCAGAUGUUGGAGAAAAGGAGAUGUAACUACACUGGAAAAUGCACCUUUGCCCACAGCCAAGAGGAGAAGGAGAUGUGGAUGUAUAUGAAGAAUAAUGACCUGCGGGACAUGCAGCAGAUGUAUGACAUGUGGCUGACAUUAACCACCCAAAACCGCCAAGCAGAUGGAACCAUGCUGACCCAGCCCAUCCCAGAAGAGAAAUAUAUUGCUAUGCCAACUGACUAUGCUGAACUAAUGAGUGGCCUCUACUGCCGUCUGUGUGGUAAACACAGUAACAGUGAGCGGCAGUGGCAGCGACAUAUCUCCUCUGAGAAGCACAAGGACCGAGUGUUCAGCUGUGAGGGAGAGGACGAGGCUCUGACGUGGAACUACCGUUUUCCUGGAACAUACUUUGAACUCUGCCCCAAGUUGGAUGGUGGCUGUCCUGACGGUGCGAGCUGCGACUACGCCCACAGCCUGGAGGAGCUGCAGGAGUGGACUGAGAGAAGGGAUUUCCUGCGACAGAAGCUGACCAAAGCCAGGGAAGACAUGCUCAUCAUGCCCGAUGAAUUUGACUUUGGGAAGUACAACUUUCUACUUCAGAACUGAGGAGAGUUAGAGCCAUUUUUGAAACUGCCAUAUCAGGAAUUUUCAAAUCAAAACCAAAAUGAACAGGUGAUGCGAUCAGACUAGCUGAGUGUCAGUUUGCCAAAAGAUCAGUUGAAAUCUGAGAGAUAUAUGUAUUGAGAUUUGCAUUCUCAAAAUGCCAUAUACCAUUUACUUUAAACAGGUAAAUAUUUUAAUUUCUUCAUGUCUGUUCAGCUAAAACAUUAGUACAAACUACUCAAUGCUGUGAAACUAAGGCUCAUGUUGGUGCCACUCAUAGAGACACAGCAGACACAAACACACACACUGUUAAUUACAGAACAUUUAGAGGGUUUAUAUUUAACCCUACACACAGCCUCUUGCGUGGUUAGGGCCAUGUGAUGUUCAUACAAACCUUUUUGUUUUUUUCUUUUCCUUUCUGUUUAAGCAGGGGGUAUGAUAAUAGUGCUUUCAUUCCAUAGUAAGAGAGAGGAUGUUAAAACUCCAGCUGUGCAUUAAAAUACUCUCCACAAAGUAUUUUCAAAACCUCGGCCUACAACAAAUAAAAAAGGUUCAGUUGUGAUCUGUGCUUAAGCAAAGACAUAUUUGUUUUUGGUGGCAUGAUUCGACUGUGUAUUCUUAUUUGGAGCAUACGUGUGUUAUCAUGGUUAUUUUUUAAGCAUCAGAGACUGGUGAAGCUAAAUUGGCUGAACUGUCAUUAUGAGACUAAUAGUUUUGGUCAUUGUAUAAUUGAAUAAGAACGGAAUUAAGUGAAGUGUUGUUGCUCCAGUCAGACCUGAGAUGCUCUGUAAAGGGUUGAAUAAGAUUAUACAGGACAGGAAUAGUUUGUGAAUUAAACUCAGUACAGUUCAUCAUCAGUUCA